AUCUGUUGGAGUGAAAUCAUGGCAGUGUGAUUGUCAAACACCAACUUGCCUUGGGAGGGAAUGUGGGGAUGUGCACCGCUGGAAGCCGUGAGUUCUGAUAUGAGAAGAAUUUCUUCAGAAGGUAUCUUAAUGCAUAUGGGGAAACUGAGGCCCAGAUUGCACAUACAUGAGUUUUCCUGGAAAAUCCCAAGUCAAAGAAGCUGCACUGCAGGAAAUCAAUAUGGUGCAGGCCCCAGGCAAGGCAUCACAACUACACUUGCAAGAAACAAAUGCCUGCAAAAAUCAGGACAAGAUAAUUUUAAAGCUGUGCAAAACAGUUGUCAUAGCCUUCUCCAGCAUGUGUUCCUUCUAUAUUUCAGACAUGGCAUAGGAGACAUAGCAAUAACUAAGGGGCAACUAUCGCAUCCAGAAAAAAAAAAAAAUGAAAAUAAUGACUUCUCUGCAACUAAGAUGAAGAUCCACUGAACUUUGGGGUUUGAAAUGCAACGUUAGAACUUCAGACUCCUGGCACCUAGGUCUCCAGCUGCUGGGUGGUGCCAGCAUCAGAGAUACACUCUGCAAAACAUAUACUGUCUUAGGAAAAUGUGACCCUGUUGUCCUUUCAGGCCCAUAUUCCACAAGAAGACAAAUGGAGACUUAAAAGGAAAACUUCAGCUCCGAGUGAAGAGAGAGCAAGUUGUCUUUUCUGAUACAGCCAGGAAAUAAGAUGUUCUGGUUAAUAUGUGCUAAAGAUGUGCUGCUGACUUUCAGACUCAGAAUAUGAUCACAUGUAUUUCUCAUUAAAACUAUAUUGAAUGUUA